CUAAAAUCGAGUUGAUUUUGUGUAAAAUAUUCAAAGGUGGUGGCACUGGACAUGUGCAGCUCCGUACUCUGGACCAUUGUGUUGAAAAACUGAUUAUUGAGUGGCAACGAAUAAUUUAGUGUUAUUGUAUGGUAAUCAAAAUUUCGAAUAAUAUUAUUUUUCUAUAGAUUUCUUCGACUUUAUUGCUAAUGUGUUAAAAUUGAGGGAGAAAAUGUGUUUUAUUGGAUACACACGGGACAUUAUGUGACUGUCCAUAUUUUUGCUGUGUUCAGUGGUUGGUUUUCUAUUUUGGACUGAAUUUGGGGCUAAAUUUAUAACGGGAUAUUGUACUUUUGAGAUGAAUUACAUUCGAGAGAAGGCGUAGAAAUUGCAUAUAUGGAUUCGAGGAUAGUGAAGAAGCAUCGCAUAAAAGUAGUACCGACAUACUCGUACCAGUCUUACAGCGUUUUGGAAUAAUCCAAAAUAACUGCUAACGAUAUCGAACAAUGUGCUCCGUCAAGCGCCGUCCACCGCAACUGAAAUCUGAUUCGAAUACUAGCACGAGCCCCCGGGUAGUGAAGCCACAGAUUAAAAAGAAUUCCAAUUUGACGAAUCAAAAUAAAAAAAAGAAAAACGACGAGCUUACAAACAUUACAGUUACUCCGAACCUGUGUUCUUCGGAAUUCGAAAUUUAAGGACAAUCUAACUUUUUUAACUGACCACAGUUUCUCCCGUUGAAAUCUGGGAGUUUUAGAUCUUUUUUUUCUGAACAAAAGCUUUAACUAGUGUUUUUGGACGAAGAUUCUAAAUAAAAAAAAAUAGUUGCCUUCUAAUCGUAGUACGUAGUGUCUAUACCUUCGUUGGUCCAACAACUUUGAUGUAUAAAUUUAAUAUAGUUCUCAGUGAAUAAUGUAUUGAUGUGUGAAAUUAUACGAUUAUUUUAGAGAAGUGAUAUAUUGAAUACGAUUAUAAAGGGUACAUAGCAAUGGAGAAGUCUGAGGUAGAAAAUAUCUGCCUUGAAGAUGGACCGCUUAGUAGGAGUCGGAGUUUCAAAACAAAGCAGCUGGUGCGUAGUCAGGCAAUACGCGAGUCUCAGUCGCCGCCGCACACUUCGCCGGCGCACGCGGCGCAAGCUCGCGCUGGUCGCCGCGCGCCCUGCGCCAGCGGGGACGCCAGCGACGCCUCCAGCCCCGCCAGCGACCUCGGCAGGGACGACGAUAGGAAGAAACAUGUUGAGAUACAGAUAAGUGGGGGUGGGUGGGAGUGCGAGCAGCUGGAGCAGCGACAGCGCGCGCAGCUGUGGCCGGGCCGUGCGCCCGACCUGCUCUCAUACAACCCGCGCGUUGCCUGCGUCUGCGGCGCUUGCGCAGCCUGCCCGCACUGCAAAGGGCGACGACGGAAACCGGUGUGCCCGAAGCAGGACUCCGGCAUCGUCUGUUCUGAUGAGUGCCCGGACUGUUCAGAUUCGGAGCAAACAGGUAGUCCCAAGGAGGUUCAGAAGAAAUCUGUUAGUCUCGAGGCAGACGAUACUUAUUAUUGCAGGUGUCCAGAGAGAAAAGAGAAACCUAGGACUAUUAUAUUAAAUAGAACUGAUUCUGAUGAUAAAUUGGAGCCCACCGGUCCCGAGUUGGUGGACUUCAUCAAGGAGACGUUGAACAAGAACUCUCGGGACCGACUGACGCUGCUCAAGAUUGAGAAGGAGCUGCAUAAUCUGGUCAAUGAUACGGGACGUUGCAUAGUACGGUUUCCGGUGAUGACGUCAUACGGUCGCAUGUUGGUGCACCGCUGCGCCGCGCUCUUCCAGCUGUCGCACCACAUCGACCAGAAUAACAAGACCUGCGUCAUGGUCUCCAAGACUGGUACCAGUGGCGGCCGCAUCCCGUGCACCAGUUUCAAGGAGUGGUGCACCACUGUGUUCCCCGCCAGCCCACAACACCGCCGUGACGAUACACUCGCCAAGUCGAUAUUGAAGCGUUCUUCCGCUGCGGGUGAGGAAGCAUGCGGCGCGGCGGGCGGGGCGGCGCGCAGCAAGUCGCUCGAGCAGCGCGAGCGAGAGUACGAGCGCGUGCGACGACGUAUAUUCAGCUCGGACAAUUGCACACAAGACGAGACACAGUGGCCCUGGCUCUCUACGGGACCUGUCAAACUUCUGACCUCCGAAGGACGCAAUAAACUUAUUAAAGUACAAUCUUUGGAGAGUCGUGGUGGGGAACCUCCUCGUGCGGCUCGUGGUGCUGUCUCCAAGAGUCACAGCUUCGGUGGGUAUGCCGCAGAGCCGCCCAACACACGUCUGCUCAGCAAACAAGGUGACCUCGCGUCGAGCAGUUGGCGCUUGUCUCCCUCUAGUUCAGGGUACAAGACUCUCAGUUUGAGGAGCACCGACUCUGUCACCCCUUCGCCUACAGGCGGCGCGAGUCCAGAGCCGGGUGCUUUGGGCGCUUUGGGCGCUCUGGGCGUGGAGUCCGCUGAGGGCGGGACCUUGGUGUGGGCGGUGACGGACCUGUCCGCGGUGCCACCAGGCGCACUAGUCAUACAUCCACAGACGGGCCGUCCCCUGACCAAUCCUGACGGCAGCUUGUACCACUUCGACCCCGCCAACCCUCCAGUACUGCAUGAUGCCAGCGUCUUCUUACCAAAUGAUCAAUUCAAGAUCGAUCCAAACAACGAGAAGAGAAGAGGCAGGUUAGAGAAACAACACUCCUUCAUGGAUAAUGAAGGCGAGUGUCAAUCAGCGGAGGAUUGUCGCAACAAGUGUUGCUGUGAGUGCAGGCGACAGGCGGCGCAGGACACCGCCAGUAACACUAAUGAGGCACCAACACAAGAGGAGAAACCAAACUCUAUCCCUCCUAGCCCGAGUAAAAGUCGACAGGAAGAAACUAUUGAUACUGAUAAUAUACAAAUUGAUAGCAAUGAAUAUGAGCAAAACGAUAUAGUAAACAAUCAACCAACCACCGAAUACGAAAACCAAAAAGAAUUUCAACAGCCAACCGACCAAUACGAGCAACGAGAAUUUCAACAACCAACCAACCAAUACGAGCAACGAGAAUUUCAACAACCAACCAAUCAAUACGAGCAGAAAGAAUUUCAACAACCAAUCAACCAAUACGAGCAAAAAGAAUUUCAACCACGAUCAUACGAGACACAAAAAAUAUAUGAUCCCAAUGUAAAUUCUCGAAUGUUCGAUAACCAACGUUCGUACGAAAUGCCUCAAAAACAAUAUGAUCAAUACGGCUCACCCAGCCAUAGGACACCGUCACUAGAACAACAGAAAGCCUUCGAAAAUGCACAGAGAAAUGAAGCAAUCGCUCAGAGAUUGGCAAAUAAAAUGUCACAAGAUGGACAUGAGAUGGUUCAAUAUUUACAUCACCCGAACUAUAUGCAGGGAUAUCGGAAUGAUGAGGUGACGUCACCGGCGCAGGCGCAGGCGCAGGUGAUGGGCCCCGCGUACCUGCAGCAGGACAUGAGCAAUGUGCACAUGAUGCAGCACAAGCUGACCCCAGUGCCUGUGCCUCUACCCCUGCCCCUGCCAGACCACAACAUACGUCCAAUGUCGAUGUCAAAUGUUGUUUAUCCGUCGCCGAUGCCGCAAGGUUAUCCCUACGUUAAUCAAUGUCGAAUGGAGGCGCCGCUGCAGCCGGUAUACCCGCAGCUGAUGCCUCCGCUAGAGGAGCCGAAGCACUCUAACGAUAACACCUUCCGCAUCGAUCCGAGUUACCCGUAUGCGGCGGACUUUAGUGCAGCGUGCGGUGCGUGCGCAGGCGCAGGUGCCUGCGACCCCAAUAUGCAACAUCCACCUCGCGGUUACAACGUGCCGUACGGACAGGUGGAGAUGCAGCAGUAUCCGGUCGGUAACGUGCUCGUACCACAACAGAUGCCGCAUUAUCCUAUUGGUUACGGUGAGGCGGUGCCGUGGGGUGUGCAGCCAGCGCAGCCCAAGCUGCUGGUGCAGGAGGUCUACCCGCUCGUCUACCCCAAUGUAUAUCCACAGUACAAUGUGGUCUAUCCACCGGUGCUCCAGCAGCCAUAUCCGAUAUGUCAGCCGAUGUACCCAGUCAUAGAGAAGCCGAGUGAACCUCCCCGUCGCAACAGUGUUGCCAGCAACCACAGACUGUCAAAACAAACCUCCAUUGCUGGUUCCGCGCGUAACACACCUGACGAGAAACCUAAAGACUUUGAUGAUAAAAACCAACCAAAUAUACAGAACCCACAAAAUAGAGAACCAGCUCGUAAUCUAAGUCGACAGAAUUCUAAUGAAAUUGCAGUCAAAAUUCAACAAAUUAAAGAGCAAAUGUCACAACUCAAUACACGGGAAAGAGAUGAUAGGAGUUUUAGAAGAGAUGAAUGGAAGAGACGGAAUAGUGGCAGCGGCAUACUGGGCAACUAUCCUGUCAAUAACUUUAAUGGUAGAGUUAUGGGACGACCAGCGGAUGAAACUCAGUUGAGUUCAGCUGCACGCGCCAUCGUUAAUUCUAUACGCAGUAUGCAAGCCAGGAAUAAUUAUCAUCAGGACGGUCGUCGUACAUUCGACUACAGUUCUCAAUACCGCACCGAGAGACAUGAUGGCGCACAUCGCGGCCGCAGACAUGACAGAGAUGACAAGGAUAAGCCGGUCUUCAAAAAGGCUGACACCUUCGACGCUAAACCAGAUGGAGAGAGGAGAUUCGACGGCAUACCACGCAAUAGGAACUUCAAUCCACUACCGUUUCAAUACCGGCCGCCGUAUUUGCUUAGACAGAUGUCACCAGGCGCAUGGUGCAGGCGAUCACCUGGUCCGGUACAUCCAGUAUUAGGACAUCCGAGGCGGCCACAUCCAGACACGAGAAAUGGCCGACGUUAAACCAAACAAUUUAAAUUGACAAUCACAUACAAUAGAAUUAACCCAUACAUACAUAUCUUUGCCCGUACAGCGGAGUACACGACAAAUACAAAUUAUAUAUGUAUAAAAGUAUAUAAA